AUGUUAUUCAAAUCAUUAAAAACUAUAAAAUUUAACAAUAUCAAAGAAGAAAAUAGUAUAUAUCCUGCAGUUGUCCCAUUGAUAAUGGAUCAGAGUCAUAAUGUGGUUACAACCAAUGAGUUUAAUGGUAUUCUAGUUAGAUCAAGCUUUAAAAGUACUACAAUCAGAUUUACCAAACCCUAUUUCUUUUUCUAA